AUGGAACCAAACGAAAGGCUCACUCCAAAACCCACGCUUGCCACAAGAUUAACAGUAAACGAAACAAGCAGUUGCCAAAACUGCGUGAAAAGUAUUUAUUUUUCAAAAUUUACACAAAUCCUCUAUGUCUUUUUGAUCGUUCUAUGUCUGAUUAUGACUGUAUGGAUUAUUAUUGAAUACGGGCACUUUGAAGGUAAAAGCUAAAUAGAUCCUCUUUGGUUUGUCAUUCUUGAAUGGAUCAUAGCAGUUGCUGUUAUUUUGGAAUUAGUGGCAAGGCUCUAUAUAUUUGGGUUUGCGUGGUUUUUUAAAACGUGGGUAAAUAUCAUUGAUUUGAUUUUGACUGUGGCUUCUGCUGUAGCAAUUGUGAUUACUUUUUAUGUGGAUUUCGAAAGGCACGAUAACUUGCCAGGGGUAGCUGGAAAUAUUAUUUUAGCUGUGAGAAAUCUAGUUACUUUGAUUAGGGUUAUUAUGUUUAUUAAAAGACUGAGGACUGCGGGGGUUAAAAGUGUGCAUAUAGACAGCUUACAAAGUGGAGGAUCAAAUUCGCCACUUAUUGCAGAAAAAGUUUAG